CAUCUCUGGUUAAAAAAUAGGCACGAACAAAUUGUGUUAAUUUGUGAAAAAUUGCAAUUAUAUUGUUUUGUGAAACGAUUUAAAUAAUAAAUAAACAAAUAUGGAAAAGGUAGAAAAAAACGAUAAUAUCAAUAGAGACGAAUUGAUCAUGCAACAGCAGAGGGAAAUAGAGAAAGAGAUAAGUGAAUCCAUACCUUUGGUUAGUGAACAACUGCCGGUAACCUGUUUAAAUGUAGAGUACUUGGGAGAUGUGGUAUUUACCUCUAAGAUACAAGAUUUGGCCAGUAAAUAUAAGUUUAUGCGUCGUACAAGACCGGAUGGCAAUUGCUUUUUUAGGGCAUUUGCGUAUGCAUACUUAGAACAUUUGAUCUCAAGCAAAGAAGACUAUGACAAAUUCCGUAAGUUGGCUGAGGAUUCCAAAGAAAAAUUAGUGCAACUGGGAUUUCCCAGUUUUACUUUGGAAGAUUUUCAUGAAACGUUUAUGGAGGUAGUUAAACGAGUCGAUCCAUCAGGAACUGCUGCGGUGGAUAUAAAUGAACAAUUGCACAAAGUUUUUAAUGAUCAAGGUUAUUCUGAUUAUGUGGUCGUCUAUUUGAGAUUACUUACGUCGGGAAAACUACAAGAAGAAGCGGAUUUCUAUCAGAAUUUUAUCGAGGGAAAUUUUACUAUUGAAGAAUUUCGACAUCAAGAGGUGGAACCCAUGUACAAAGAAUCGGAUCAUAUUCACAUCAUUGCUCUAUGUUCAGCUUUGGGUGUAGGCGUACGUGUUGAAUAUAUGGAUCGGGGAGAAGGUGGUACUGUCAAGGCUCACGAUUUUCCUGAAGGUACCACUCCCAAGGUGUUCUUAAUCUAUAGGCCUGGUCACUAUGACAUUCUAUAUCCUAAAUAAAUAAUGAAUUGAUAAAAAAAUGCCUUCGAUCUAAUUGUAUAAAAUUGUGCUUAAAUCGGAUGUUGAAACAUUUUUAAAUGAAAAAAAAAAAAAAUAUUUAUAUAACCCUCUAAGCGUGUGUCGAAAUGAGGUUUUAAAUUUCAUCUUUUAUUGAUCAAAUUAUUGAUCAAAUUAUCGAUAUAAUCGAUUGUCAUACCUCUAUUUUAAAAUUAUAAAUAAAUACACCUCAUUAUUUGUAAUUUUAAAUAAAACUAAUUUUAUUGUGAAUUUUUA